CCGCGGAUCCCGCAGCGGCGACGGGACCGUGGGUGUGAGAAGGAAACGGCACCGACCCGCCCCUGGCACUGCGACCCUCUAAAAGCCCCGGAGCCACCGCACCGGGACCAUGCCCGCCCCGGCCACUUGUGCCCCUGGAGACUGAUCGGGGCCCGCGAAGUUAGCGGGGCCCGGCGACCGGGAUGCCCCGGCGGAACCCCCUCGCCCUUGGCCUGCUCGUUUGCCUGCUGGCCGCUCCGGUACUGGGCUGCGGCCCGGGACGGGGCCCGGUAGGGCGGCGGCGGCUGGGGCGGCGGCAGCUUUCGCCGCUGCUCUACAAACAGUUUGUGCCCAACGUGCCCGAGCAGACCCUGGGGGCGAGCGGCAAGGCGGAGGGCAAAGUCCUGCGGGGCUCGGAGCGCUUCAGGGACCUGGUGCCCAACUACAACCCCGACAUCAUCUUCAAGGACGAGGAGAACACGGGGGCGGACCGGCUCAUGACCGAGCGCUGCAAGGAGCGAGUGAACUCUUUGGCCAUCGCCGUGAUGAACAUGUGGCCGGGGGUGAAGCUGCGGGUGACAGAGGGUUGGGACGAGGACGGGCACCACCUCCCUGACUCGCUGCACUACGAGGGCCGGGCGCUGGACAUCACCACCUCCGACCGGGACCGCCACAAGUACGGCAUGCUGGCACGCCUGGCAGUCGAGGCUGGCUUUGACUGGGUCUACUACGAGUCCAAGGCUCACAUCCACGUCUCCGUUAGAGCAGAUAACUCCCUGGCCGUUCGAACCGGCGGCUGCUUCCCCGGCCACGCCACCGUGACGCUGCGGAGCGGCGAGCGCCGGGGCCUGGCUGAGCUGCGCCAGGGCGACUGGGUGCUGGGAGCGGAGCCAGGCGGGCGCCUGGUGCCCACCGAGGUGCUGCUCUUCCUGGACCGUGACCUGGGCCAACGAGCAUCCUUCGUGGCCAUCGAGACGGCCAACCCCGCACUCCGGCUGCUCCUCACCCCGUCCCACCUCGUCUUCGCUGCCCGCGGAGUGGCCAACGGUACCGCGGCCGCUUUCUCGCCCGUCUUUGCCCGCCGUGUGCGACCGGGAGAUGCGGUGCUAGCCCACGGGGCUGGCGGGCAGGGGCUGCGCCCGGCGAGGGUGCUGCGAGUCUCCCGGGAGGAUGGCGUGGGGGUCUUUGCGCCCCUCACCUCUCACGGGACCCUGCUGGUUAACGGGGUGCUGGCAUCCUGCUAUGCCGUGCUGGAGAGUCACCGCUGGGCGCACCGUGCCUUCGCCCCCCUCCGCCUCUUCCACGGGCUCCUCUCACUGCUGCCCGCCCGCGCCGAGGCCGGUAACGGGACGGUGCCGGAGCCUGGCAUGCACUGGUACUCCCGCCUGCUCUACCAGCUGGCCGGUGGCAUGCUGGCCCACGAGGCUCUGCACGCCUAGGGCUCGCUGGCCCCCCAAGUCACCGCACACUGGAAGCGGGGGUGGGGGGGGCUCUGGCCCUGCCCCCCCCCCCCCCCCCUUGUACCCACGGAGAGGGGGUAGGGGCACCGCUGGCCCUGACAGGGAGGUUUAGAUGCCUCUCAGCUCAGCGCUGCUUA